GGUUCACAAUUAUGAAUCAAAUUGUAUGUUUAGAUCAACAAACCCCAUUUCUUGAGAUGAGAAUUAAUCAAAUCAAAAUUUAUCAAAUUCAAUUCUUCAAAUAAUCAAAAGAUUACAAUUAAAUUUAAUAACCAAAUUAACAAUUGGAUUAACAAUUAAGAACAAUUAGUUAAAUAUGAACUUCCCGCUUCGUUUGAUAAUCGAUUCUUAUUGGUUGAUAAUUUAGAACUUUUUUUCCCGGUCAACAUUGUUUACUUUUUUUUGUUGAUUAAUCCAAUUGAUUUUUAAUUGUCUCUGCCGAUGAGAAUCAGUUAAUUGUUGUUCUAAUUGUUAAUUUAUUUAUUUCUUUUGUAAUUCAAGUUUUUCUAUCAUUUCUAAUCAUGUGUAAACCAUUUAUUCUAAUGUUUGUAAUUAGUUAUUUGAUUAGUUGGUCGAUUAUGGAAACAACAUCUUCUUCAAUCAGUUAUCAUCGGUUGAGAAAACAACAGGAAAAGAUUUACCUUUGUCUACAUAAUUGUGCCCUUUGUGUCCGAUUCUGGGAGAAUGGGCUUUACAACGGAGAGAAAUGUGCCCGCCGGUGCCUUAAAUAUAAACAUCGACCUAAAAUAAUUGACCCUGAUUGUAAUAUAAGGCGAUUCUUUAAAUCAUCAAGUUUCAAGCGUAAAACGAUUGAUUAAUGGCUCAUCUUAAUCCUGAUCACCAUCAAUUUAUAAGCUUGGCAAUUGUAAUCAAAUUAACUGGAAAUUGAUUCUACUCGUAAUUUGGUUGAUUGUAUUUUCCUUCAAUUGUUAAUGGACUCGUUUCGUUGAUCAAAUCGAUUCAAUUUAAUGCUGCAAUUGUGAUGGUAAAAAAUGAAGUGUGAAUAAUUUUAAUUGUCUGUCGCCAAAUUUAAGGACUUUUUAACCUUGAAUUUUGUAUCAUUAAAUUGCGAUGAUAAUUUAAUCGCAAUUUAAUUUGAUUCGGUAGCUUGUACUGAAUUUGCUCUGUAAACAAACAAUUGUGACAAUAUACUAAUUGUAAUUCCAUUUCGUCGAUUGUUUGAUUCUUAGUGCCAAUCAAUUUCUGCUUCUUGUGAUUCAAAUCAUUCAUCUAAUAACCAAUGGAAUUAUUUAUCUCCAAAAAGUACAAAGAAGAAAAAAAAAUUCAUCAAUAAUUAACUUUAAUUGUGAUAAUUUAUAUUCCUAGAAUAUUGUAAAUCCUUUUUCUAAAUUUCCCUGGAAAAAUUACCAAUGUAAUUUUACUGUUUAUAAAUUAAUUGUUACAAUCAAUCAAUGCCAAAUAGUAAAUCAUCAAUCCAAUUGUAAAUAUUUUGGUUGAAUUGUUAACAAUUUAUGAAUACAUUUAAAUUGUGAUACUAAUUUUUAAUACUAAUUAAACCAACCUGUUGUAGCAAUUGUGUCAACUAGUUUUCUAUCUGGAAAACGGGCUAUGGCCUGAAGGACUCACAAGAUUGAAGCCUUAAAUUGCUGUUCUUUUUGUUUCUUGUUCUACUCUCUCAUUUCAUUUCAUUUCAUUUCAUUCCAUCUCUUUUCUUUUUUGUUUCUUAUUCUAUUUUCUUCACUUCCUCUUUUUCAAUCAUUUUCUUCUUCACCAAGUUCAUUAACAUUUGCCCAUCAACAAUAAACCGGUCAUCAACUGUUAAUCCUGGUCAAUGGUAGUGAUACCCUUGGAUUUGUGUUGUGUGCCAACUAAAAACCAUCUUUACAUUAACCAUCACAACAAAAGGGAAUCAAAAAUUUGAUCAUCAUGUUAAGUUUAUUGUGUUAUAUUUAUCCGUUAUUAAUUUGUGGCUAUGAACCACCGGAGGUGAGCAUUGGUUGGAGUCGGAUAAUGGGAAUGAGCCAGAAAGUAAUUAACAAUGAAAAUGGUAAAGAGGGAAAGAUAAACAUCUUCCUUGGUGUACCUUAUGCUGAACCACCACUUAAUGGUUAUCGUUUCCGUCCACCGGAACCAAUUAAAAGUGUUAAUUAUUUUGGUUAUUAUGCUGGUAAAUUUAAACCUCGCUGUAUAUCACCAGAUUAUUAUGAUAAAUUUCUUGGUUCAACAUAUGAUGACCAACAAGAAGAUUGUCUUUACUUAAAUAUUUGGAGUCCAGCAAAUCUAACGGACCCAAAAGAUUUGAAACCAGUUCUGGUUUAUAUUCACGAUUCAUCGGUUGAUGUGAGGACAAUUGAUGGUAAAACACUUUCCCACCUUGGUGAUAUGGUUGUGAUAACCUUUGACUAUCGAACUGGACUAUUUGGUCUGAUUGAAGGUUACGACGAUCAAAUUUCGGAUAAUGCAAUUUUCCAUGAUACCAAAGCAGUUCUUAAAUGGAUUCAGGAUAAUGUUUCAAGAUUAGGCGGUGAUCCAUCCAGAGUAACUUUGUUUGCCGAUGGUUGGGAAAGUCUUCGUGCUGGUUUACAAUUUAGCUAUGCAAUUAACGAGAAACUAUUUGCUCAAAUGAUCCUACGUAAUGGGAACUCUUUCUCCACCUCCGUUGAACUCAAUCCCUCCAUUCACUGGCAAGAUGUACUCGAAGUGGCAGAGAAAGUGGGCUGUGAUCAGAAAAAGAAUCAACUUCUUCUACUUUAUUGUUUAAGAAAUUCUGAUGCCAAAGAUUUGAUUAACGGCUAUUUGUCCAUCAACGGGUCGGGCCAUUCGCUUGAUCUUCAUCACCCAUGGGUCAAUAGUCCAGAAGUUAUAACCAAAUCGUUUACUCUCGACGGUUUUAUCUCGGAAAGUUGGUCCAAAAUGCCGCCCGUUCUAAUGAUUCAAAUGAUUUCCGCUGAUGAUGUUCGCAAAAUUGCCUUAGAUCGAAAUCAUCUCGAACAAAUUGAACAAAUGGUAAAAUCUCUUGAAUUGAAAGAGAUAAAACAUAAAUCAUGUCACUCAGGGCCCAUGGGUAGUAAGGAAUUAACUUCAUGGACAGCUCGUCAUCUUCUAGAAUGUCCAUUUAUCAAUCUUGGUCAAGAAAUCGCUCAAACUGGACCAGUUUAUAGUUUACUCAUCGAUUAUGGUCCAUCUUCUGAAAUUCCCGAAGACGCUUUUCUAUUCAAAAAAGCAUCCUCAUCAUAUUUGGAAGUACUUUUUGGAAUCCCACUGACCAAUCAAAAGUAUUAUUCCGAUGAUGCUAAUCAAUUAAGUCGUGAAGUGGUCAAAGUUUUGACAGAAUUUGUUGCUCAGGGUAAAGUUAAAUGGCCACAAUUAGUUAACAAAGAAACCAAAUCAGAUGAAAACGUAUCAAUAUCAGCAUCUUCAUCUUCAUCUUCACCAACAACGAAUCCAGCUUAUCAUCAAUAUUGGAUGACCUCAGAUGUGUGUCCACAACUUACUGAUUUAAGUUUAAAGGUCAAACUUUGCCAAUUAGCCAGUAAUCAAUGGUAAUUUCCUGACCUUCAACCUUUAAUCAAAAACUCCAAUGGGCCUCAACACGGACCAACAAUUUAAUCAAAAUUAACUGCAGCUCUUUCAUCAACAAUUUCAUCAUUGGAAAAAAGUUCAUUUAAUUUGAUGGAAAAUUAAUCUCUUAAUUUAACAUGACAAUCAACAAUUUCUUGAGUUUAUUUUUCGUCCUUCAGGGCUAAUCAUCGACAACAUUUAGUAUCAACAUUAUUUUUUCUUAAUUAACUUGCAAUUUUGUCUAAAAAAUCAUCAUGUAAUUAUUUCAUCAACUCAUCAUGAUCAACCCAUCAACCAUCAACAAUUAACCAACCAUAACAAGCUUGCCUUAAAUAUGCAAGAUUAACUGAAAAGUUCAUCAAAUCAUUUUCACCUUUUCUCUCAACAAUUAGAUUAAUUUAUAUUUAUUGAAACAAUUAAUGUACAAUUACGAGUCAACCAUUUUUUACCCUUAAUUUUGUUAACAAUUAAUUUGCAAAUGAUUUGAUUAUUAUUACUUUUUUCCUAAGAAAUUGCAAGUUCCUUAAAACUGAUUGUAAUCAACUUUUCACCUUAAUUGUUUUAUAUCACUAAUUGUUAUUAAGUCACCAUUUCAAUGAUCUCUAAAUAAUAUGUCAUCUUGAUAAAUGAUAAAUUACAAUUAAAUUUUGUCAUUUAAUUGCAAAAGUCUAUUUUUCAAAUUCUCCCCCAAAUCAACAAACAAUUAAGUAACAAUCAAGAUGAAAACCUCGACACAUAUAGAGAUUGAUUUGUUUAUUUCAUUUUUUAAUUGUUCACAUUUAACUCUGUCAUUUUCACUUAAUCAUAAUAGUAAAAAUUAAUUUCCCUUCUCAUUGUAUAUAAA